GGCCUGUUGUUCUUCAAGGCUCAAGACACUAUCUACACCAAUCGACGAUAUCUCAUCAUCUCAAUCCCUCAAUCUUCAUAGCCAUCCCCCACAGCAAGGAGAAACUACAUACACAAUGGCUUUUGGCGUCACCACACCUGAAUAUCCCGAGGGCUGCGCCGUCGUCUUUGGCGGCUCAGGCGGUCUCGGACGUGCCUCGGCCGGCCUGAUGGCGGAGCGUGGCUCUGAUAUUGUCGUCACCUACCGGUCAAACGCUGCCGAUGCUGAGUCCCUGGUGGAGGAGGUGCGCAAGCUUGGGCGCAAGGCGAGCGCGAUAGCCUGCGAUGUCACUGAUCUCAAGGCGGUUGAGGCUGUCUUUAAGCAUGCCGUCGACACAUAUAAGCGCGUUCACACAGUCGUCUCCGCCGGCGGUCUUACAUUCGAGACCGGCCCGCUGGUGGACUUCAAGGAGGAGUCCUUCCGCGGCGUGAUCGAGACCGACGUCUAUGGUUUCUACAACAUCGCAAAGGCCGGCGUGCCGAUCCUGCGUGAGGCCAAGGGCGCCUCCAUCGUGGCUUUGAUCACAAGUGCGGUAUCGAGGACUGUGCCGUGUGACGCGUUGAGUGCUACACCUAAGGCGGCUGUCAGUAUGAUGGUGCGCCAACUUGCCUACGAGGAGGCUGCUCACGGCAUCCGGUCAAAUGCUGUCGGUCCAGGAGUCAUCGAUGCCGGCAUGGUGCCCAAGAUGAUGCUCACCCCGACGAAGGCCCUCCUCGAGGGCGCGACUGCGGUGACGCCGCUUGCGCGUUGGGGCACGGCUGCUGAGAUUGCAGAGGCUGUUGCUUUCCUGGCCUCGUCCAAGGCGAGCUACGUCACUGGCCAGAUUUUGAUGGUAGAUGGUGGCCUCGCGGCAUGAUGAUAUAGCAUGGUGUUCGUGAACCCCCUGAGGGAGAGGUUUACACAAGGCUUGCUGCAAAUGAACUCAGUUUAUGACGACAUGAAGGGGGAAAAAAACUAAUUGUAAUAAGCUAGACUUACUUUAUAGCUUAGCUUUUAUAUUUAACGAUAUGAUGUAUCCCUAUUUAGCUGUC